AUGGCGGAAGGCUCCGCUCCUCCGUCAAAUGGACCUCCUUCAGCUCCUCCUUCGGCCAACACUCCGGUCAAGGAAGAAGCUCCUCGCCCCGAAGCGCCUUCUUCCCACGAGCCUCCGGCCCGGAAGAUGGAUGUCGAUGAGGAUUAUGAUGAUGAGCCCGACGAGGAAAAGAAGGCUGGUGCCGCGGCAAAGGGUAGUCCCAACGGUAAUAGCACCGAAUCGGCCAAUGGCAACGGAGUUGCCAGCAAUGGUCGCCAGGGUACGCCUUCGAAGACUGAGUCUUCAGCGUAA